AUGGGCGGUGGCGCUUCCAAGACUUCCGGCUCUGCUUCCGCGCCGUCGCCUGCAGGACCUCCAGCCAAGGGGCUGAUGCCUCAGAAGAAAGCCACCAGCCCCAGCGUCGCCAUUAUCUACUAUUCCACCUACGGCCACAUCAAGGCUUUGGCGGAUGAGAUCAAGGCAGGUUUGGAAGCGGCAGGGGUGAACGUUGACCUCUUCCAAGUGCCCGAAACGCUUCCGGCAGAGGUGCUGAAGGCGAUGUCAGCACCCGGAAAGCCUGAGGACGUAAUGACGCUGGACUACGACUUCCUGAAAGAGCUUCCUAGCUAUGAUGGUUUCAUGUUUGGCAUGCCCACGCGUUUCGGCAUGAUGGCAGGGCAGAUGAAGACCUUCUUCGACAGCACCGGACAGCUAUGGGCAUCUGGGGCAUUGGCCGGGAAAUUGGCCGCCACCUUCGUAAGCACCGGCACCCAACAAGGUGGACAGGAAACCACGCACUUCACUGCCGUCACACAGCUGGUCCACCAUGGCAUGGCCUACGUGCCUUUGGGAUAUCAGGCGGGUGGCGAAGGCCAGUUCGAUCUUAGCGAGAUCCACGGCGGCUCGCCCUGGGGUGCCAGCACCCUUGCGGGUGGAGAUGGCAGCCGGCAACCUAGUGCCAAGGAGCUGGCAAUUGCCAACAAGCAAGGCCAAGUAUUUGGAGCUACGGUGGCCAAGGCGGCAGCGAAGAAGCCCGCCGAGCGUGAGCUGAAGGUCUGCAUCGUGUACUACAGCCUCUAUGGUCACGUCAAGAAGCUUGCUGACGAGAUUGCUGGGUCCAUGCGCGAGGAGGGAGUCACAGUCGACCUCUUCCAGGCUCCCGAGCUCCUGGGCCCGGAGGUCCUCGAGAAGAUGGGUGCACCCCCGAAGCCCGAGGAUCCUGUAAUGGAUUACGCAGCUGUGUCGAAGCUCCCGGAGUACGAUGGCAUCAUGUUCGGGCUGCCAACGCGCUUUGGUAGUGCAUCUGCACAGAUGAAGUCCUUCUUUGACGGUACCGGUGGUCUCUGGCAGUCUGGUGCAUUGGCCGGAAAGCUGACCGCCAGCUUCGUGAGCACUGGCACUUUGAACGGUGGCCAGGAGUCGACACACAUGACCACCCUUACUAACAUGGUGCACCACGGCAUGAUUUACGUGCCUCUGGGCUACCAGGCGGGAGGGGACGGCCAGUUCGACAUGUCCGAGAUCCACGGCGGCUCGCCAUGGGGUGCAAGCACCUAUGCAGGGGCAGACGGAAGCCGCCAGCCCAGCGCAAUGGAGAUCAACAUCGCCAAGAGGCAGGGCAAGGUCUUUGCGGCUAAGGUGAAGCAGAUGAGCCAGUAA